AUGACACCUUUUUACAGUACACGUAUACAAUCUUUUCAUAUCUAUCUAAAUCUUUACAUAUCUAUCUAUCUAUCUGAAUCUUUUCAUAUCUAUCUAAAUCUUUACAUAUCUAUCUAUCUAUCUGAAUCUUUUCAUAUCUAUCUAUCUAUCAUUCAUCUAUCUGAAUCUUUUCAUAUCUAUCUAUCUAUCUAUCUGAAUCUUUUCAUAUCUAUCUAUCUAUCUGAAUCUUUUCAUAUCUAUCUAUCUAUCUAUCUAUCUAUCUAUCUAUCUAUCUAUCUAUCUAAAUCUUUUCAUAUCUAUCUGAAUCAUUACAUAUGUAUCUAUCUAUCUGAAUCUUUUCAUAUCUAUCUAUCUGUCUGUCUAUCUAUAUUUUUCACUAUAUCUACUCUCUUUAUCUAUCUAUCUAUUUAUCUAUCUAUCUAUUUAUCAGCAAUCGCUUACGUGACCUGUUUUUCUCAUCCCCUCCUCACCGUCCUCCUCUUUAUUUUGUUUUUUUUUUCUUGUUUUGUUUCUGGUUCUCUCUCUCUCUCUCUCUCUCUCUCUCUCCCUCUCUUUUCGUUCUCUCAUUCCUAUCACUUUUCUCUUCUUUUUUUUCCUCCUGUUUAUUCCGUUCUUCUCUUCUUUGGACUUGAAUUAUCCUUCCACAUUUCUCAACUUGUCUUUUCUUCUUGUCUAUACGUACAUAAUGCAUAUCUAUGCCAGAUCAGAUCUCAUAUCUGUCUAUCUAUAUACCAUCUAUUCGCAUCUUAUCUGUUCAUAUUUAUUUUCCACCUGCUUCUUGAUUUAAUAUCUAAUAUCAAUUCAUCCCUGUUUCUCUCCCCACCUCCCCACCCUCUCUCUCUCUCUUUACCCUUUUUUUCUUUCCUUUAUUCUAUUCAUUAUCCUUUCCAACCCUCCCUGCCUCUAACUCCUCAUUCAUCUUUUCUCUUCUCCUUACAUACCUCCAUUUAUUUCUCCUUCAUUCAUUUCACUAAAAUGACUGUCCUCUCAUCUAUCCUAUCUCUCUAUCUGUUUCUCUCUCUCUCUCUCUCUCUCUCUCUCUCUCUCUCUCUCUCUAUCUAUCUGUCUAUCUAUCUAUCUAAGUCUGUUCAUAUGAUUUACCUUAUUCAGUUACAAAGUCUGAUGAGUGGGGCAUGUUGUGGGGAAGAUAUAAGGUUCAUAUUCGCUUCUGCAUUUAUGUGUAGAGACACAAAAUGUAUAAUUUCUUGCUUAUCUAUCUAUCUAUCUAUCUAUCUAUCUAUUGCUUUUGUUCAUAAACUGUAUUUGUCUCUUUUCUUUUUUCUUUUCUUUUCCUCGAUAAACACAAUUGCUUUUGUCUUUUUUUUCAUCAUCGUCGAUUUCUCCGGGAGUCUUUACAUAUCUAUCUAUCUAUCUGAAUCUUUUCAUAUCUAUCUAAAUCUAUCUAUCUAUCUAUCUAUCUAUUCAAUCUUUUCAUAUCUAUCUAUCUAUCUAUCUAUCUAUCUUCAAUCUUUUCAUAUCUAUCUAUCUAUCUUUUUCAUAUCUAUCUAUCUAUCUGAAUCUUUCAUAUCUAUCUAUCUAUCUAUCUGA